UCCGGUGCGUUUCCGCGGUACGGGAGCGAGGGGUGAGGACGCUAUUGUAGAAGGUCAGCAAGAAGGGUUCUCUUUUUGGGUUCCAACUACUAGCCCCAUGGCUGCCGUGCAGAUGGAUCCUGAGCUGGCCAAGCACCUCUUCUUUGAAGGGGCCACUGUGGUCAUUCUGAACAUGCCCAAGGGAACUGAGUUUGGCAUCGACUACAACUCCUGGGAAGUGGGGCCCAAGUUCCGAGGGGUGAAGAUGAUCCCACCAGGCAUCCAUUUCCUCCACUAUAGCAGCGUGGACAAGGCUAAUCCCAGAGAGGUGGGUCCUCGGAUGGGCUUCUUCCUUAACCUGCAGCAACGAGGGUUGACAGUCCUGCGCUGGAAUGCCAUCCGGGAAGAGAUAGACUUGUCCCCAGCACCAAAAGCUGAAGUAGAAGCCAUGAGGGCCAAUCUCCAAGAGCUGGACCAGUUUUUGGGACCUUACCCAUAUAAUACACUCAAGAAAUGGAUCUCACUCACUAACUUCAUUAGUGAGGCCACAAUGGAGAAGUUGCAACCCGAGAGCCGGCAGAUCUGUGCCUUCUCAGAUGUGCUGCCUGUACUCUCCAUGAAGCACACCAAGGACCGGGUGGGGCAGAAUCUGCCUCAUUGUGGCACUGAGUGCAAAAGCUACCAAGAGGGCUUGGCCCGCCUGCCUGAAAUGAAGCCCAGAGCUGGGACAGAGAUCCGUUUCUCAGAGUUGCCCACUCAGAUGUUCCCAGCUGGAGCUACACCAGCAGAGAUAACUAGACACAGCAUGGACCUGAGCUAUGCCCUGGGCACUGUACUCAGCAAGCAGUUCCCCAGCAGCCCCCAGGAUGUGCUUGGUGAACUCCAGUUUGCCUUUGUAUGCUUCCUCCUGGGCAAUGUGUAUGAGGCAUUUGAGCACUGGAAGCGGCUCCUGAACCUUCUGUGCCGGUCAGAAGCAGCUAUGGUGAAGCACCACACACUCUACAUCAACCUUAUCUCCAUCCUCUACCACCAGCUUGGCGAGAUCCCUGCUGACUUCUUCGUGGACAUUGUCUCUCAAGACAACUUCCUUACCAGUACAUUACAGGUUUUCUUUUCCUCUGCCUGUAGCAUUGCUGUGGAUGCCACCCUGAGGAAGAAAGCUGAAAAGUUCCAGGCCCACCUGACCAAGAAGUUUCGAUGGGAUUUUGCCUCAGAGCCUGAGGACUGUGCCCCAGUGGUGGUGGAGCUCCCUGAGGGGGUGGAGACCAGCUAACUCUGGGGUGCUCAGGCCAUGAGAAACCCCUUCCUGUACAGCGGCAGCCAGGCCCCUCCACUCACCAUGACCUGUGCCCGGACCAGAGAUCCUGCCAGCUAUGGCACACAUGGAACCAAAUUUCUCUCCUUCAGAGGGCCCAGAUGAGACCUGCCUCAGCAGCCUGAUUCCUGCUGAUGAGAAACUGAACCCAAGUCCAAGAGGACUGGUCACUUAUUCCAUAGUAUGAUUUAAAAAAAAAAAAAAAGAUGCCCUGGAAUCUGAAGAGUUAGUUGGCCAAUUUUUCAGUUAAAUACAGGGUUGUUGAAGGCAGAGCUAGAGCGUGUGCCUACCUGUUAGGUGGGUGUCCAUGGCAGAAAGCAGGGCCAGAAAGUCCUCAGGUGCCUUUUCCCUUAGGUGCUAUCCCCCUCCCACCCUGUCCAUCCCACCCAGGCCUUGCUCAGCAGUGAGACUCGGCAGCCCUCCCACGUGUCCUGUUUCUCACCAGACCCACCACAACUGUUUCAGAUAACUGAGAUAUGACAGAAGGUUCUUGCCUGGGAAGCAGGCUUCUUAGGCCCUGCGGAAGUUUUGUGCCUGCUGUUCCAAGCCACAGAGAUGACCUAAUUAGCCAGAAUCCUGCCCUGCUGCGGAACUAGCCGUCGUUGGGGGCCUGAGGGCCCGCCCAUCAUGCCAUGUGGGUGGAGUUGUCUCUAAAUGGGCACAAAGGCCUGCCACUCUGGCCUCACACUUUGUAUGGCACUCCUGAAAAUGGUGCCAUCCUUCUCCAAGGCUGGGCUCGCAGCAUGUCUGUGGACGAGAGUCCCGCUGGUUAAGACUUCAUUUCCUCUUGUUUCCUUGGAGAUGUUUUUCCAAGAGCAUAGUGUGCAUUAAAGUCUUGGAG